AUGAAUAAUUUAAAAAAUAUAGAUUUAAUAGAGAAAGGUGUUGCAAUUGUUGGUAUUGGAUUUAGAAUUCCUUCUGGUAAUAAUGAAAAUUCAAUUUGUUCACCAGAUGAUUUAUUUAAUAAUUUAAAGAAUGGUUUUGAUGGUGUUAGUAGUACAUCAGAAAGAUGGAGUGACAAUUACCACAAGUUGGGUGAGAUUAGUAGUCCAAAUGCAGGUUUAUUACCAUUAAAUGAAUGGAAAUCAUUCGAUCCAUUAUUUUUUGGUAUUAAUCCAUCUGAAGCAUCUUUAAUCGAUCCACAACAAAGAUUAUUAUUAAAAUGUACAUGGGAAGCAUUAGAAGAUGCGUCAAUUGAUCCAAUUUCAAUUCGUGGUACAAAUACUUCAGUUUUCAUUGGUGCUUCAAAUAUAGAUUAUCAACAUACAAAUAAACACCAAGACUCAGUUUUAAAAAAUGCAAUAGCACAAUCCACCUGUGCAAUUUCAAAUAGAAUAUCAUAUUGUUUCGAUUUUAAUGGUCCAUCAUUAUCAAUUGAUACUGCAUGUUCAUCAUCAUUAAAUGCAGUUUCUCAAGGUUAUCAUUCAAUAUUAAAUGGUACUUCUGAUAUCUCAAUUGUUGGUGGUGUAAAUUUAAUAUUAGAUGUUGAAAUGACAAAGGCAUAUUCGUAUUUAAGCAUGUUAAGUAAAACACAUGGUAAAUGUAAAGCAUUUGAUGAAAGUGGUGAUGGUUUUACACGUGGUGAAUGUGUCGGUGUUGUAGUUUUAAAAAAUUUACAAGAUGCAAUUAAAGAUGGUAAUAGAAUUUAUUGUGUAAUUAAUGGUUCAAGUUCAAAUGUUGAUGGUAAUGGUAAUAUGGAUAAAGUUAACUUUUAUUCACCAUCAAAACAAUCACAAUUUAAUAAUAUUAAUUCAGCAUUUAAAUCAACAAAUGACAAGCUCUCAAUUAAUGAUAUUCAAUAUAUCGAAGCACAUGGUACUGGUACUAAAACAGGUGAUCCAAUUGAAACUGAAGCAAUUUCAAUGGCUUUUAAAAAUAGAGAUAAAUCAGCACCAAUUCUAAUUGGUUCAAUUAAAAGUAAUAUUGGUCAUUGUGAAGCUGGUUCAGGUGUUGCAUCAUUAAUCAAAUGUUGUUUAAUGUUUAAAUAUCAAUGCUUUUUACCAAAUAUUCAUUUCAAAAAUCCAAAUCCAUUAAUUAAAUUCAAUGAAUGGAAUUUAAAAGUUGUAACAUCACCAAUUCCAUUCAACAAAAGAAAUAAUGAAAAACCAGUUUCAAUGAUGAUUAAUAACUUUGGUGUAACAGGUUCAAAUUGUUGUUUACUUAUUUCAGAAUUUAAAAAUAACAAUAACUUUAAAGAGAAUAUUAAUUUAGAAUCUCAAAGUGUUAAUGAUAGAGUGUUAAUACCAUUCUCAGCAAAUUCAUCAAAUUCAUUAAAUCAAUACCAAUCAAAAUUUAAAAAUAUAAUUAAUAAUCAAUUCAAUUUUAUUGAUUUUACCGCAAUUCAAAUUUAUUCAAAAUCAAAUUAUCUUUAUCAAAGAUCAGUUGUAAUUGCAAGUAAUUCAAAUGAACUUUUUGAAAAUAUCUCAAAUAAAAAACAAAUUCAAACUAAAAAUUCAAUUAUCUCAAAUAUGUCAUUCAAAGGAAAGAACCCAAUUACAAUUUUUGUUUUUUCAGGUCAAGGAUCACAAUAUCCUAAAAUGGCUUUAGAAUUAUAUAAUAAUGAAGUAAUCUUUAAAAAGUCAAUUGAUUUAAUCGAUUCAAAAUUAUCAAAGUACUACGGUUUUUCAGUAUGGGAGAAGGUAAAAACAAUCAAAGAUGAUGACUUAACCUCAAUACAUGAUCCAAUUUUUGCCCAACCAGCACUAUGUAUGAUUUCAGUAUCACUAUUUGAAUUAUAUUACCAUUGGGGAGUAAAUCCAUCAUUUAUUCUUGGUCAUAGUCUUGGUGAAAUUUCAGCAUCAUAUUGUUCUGGAAUGAUUGAUUUAGAUACAUUCUGUUAUACAGUUUAUCAAAGAUCAAUAGCACAAUCUAAAACAAAUGGUUGUGGUAGAAUGUUAUCAAUUAAUAUCAGUGAUGAAGAAUUUAAAUCAAUGUAUUCUCAAAAGUAUCCACAAAUUGAAAUUGCGUGUUAUAAUUCACCUCAAUCAAUUGUUGUGGCAGGUAAUGAAUCAAUAUUAAAUGAAAUUUCAAAAGAAUUAAAAGAAAAAGAAAUUUUCACUGCAAUGUUAGGUUCAUUAUCAUCAUUCCAUACAAGUAGUCAACAAUCUACAAAAGAUAGCAUAUUACAACUAAACAUUGAAAGCAAUCAACCAAAAGUACCAAUAUUUUCAACAGUUACAACAAAUUUAUUUAAUGAAUCAAAUCGAUUUAAUUCACAAUAUGUUUAUGAUAAUAUUAUCAAACCAGUUAAAUUCACACAAACAAUUUCAAAUAUUUAUAAACAUAUCGAAUCAAAUCAAUUAGAUAAUGAUAUUGUAUUCAUUGAAAUUGCACCACAUCCAACAUUAUCAUUUUAUAUUAAACAAAUGGUACCAUCAAGUUUAAAUGAAUCAGUUUCAGUUUAUUCAGCACUUCACAAGAAAAAGAAUGAUGUCGAAGAGUUUCAACAAACCAUUUCAAAUUUAUAUUGUCAAAAUGGAUAUAAUAUUAAUUUUAAAUGUCAAUUUAAUAAUAAAAAAUCAAAUCUAAAUAUUGAAUUACCUCUUUACCAAUGGAGUGACGAAUUAUACUUCGCUCAAAAUCAAGUACUUGAACAACAUAGAAAAGGAGGACCACCAAUUGACCAUCUUGGUCUAUCAAACUCUUAUUAUUCACCAUUUAAAAAUUCAUAUAAAACACUUAUUGAUAUAAAUUAUAAACCAUUUCAAUAUCUUAAAGGUCAUAUGGUUAAAGGUAAAUACUACUUCCCAGGUUGUGGUUAUAUUGAUAAUAUUAUUCAACUUUAUAAAAAUCAAGAUAUUUUUAUUAGUUUUAUUGAAUUUAAAACACCAUUAAUUUUAAUUGAAGGUAUCAAUCAAUAUUUACAAACAAACAUUCAACAAACUGGUAAAAGUGAAUAUCGUGCACAAUUUCAUUUCAAAGAUCAUAAAUCAAAUGAAUGGAUUCAAUCAUCAAAUUCAAAUUUCCAAUUAUUAGAUCAUGGUAAUGAUAUACCAUCAAAUUAUAAUAUUAAAGAAAUUAUUAAAAACAAAUGUAAUUUGAGCAAAUUAACAAAGAAUGAACUUUAUAAAAAUAUUAAAUCAAAAACUGGUUUAAAUUAUACUGGAGUUUUUCAAGGUGUUACUGAAUGCUAUAUAGGUGAUAAUUGUACCUUAUCAGUUGUAUCUUUAGAAUCUCAAACAAACUCAUUUUUAAAUAUACCAAUUUUAGAUACAUGCUUACACGGAAUGUUAAUAUUAAUAAAUGAUCAAUGUCAAAUUGUAUUUGACAAAGCCAUUGGAUUUAAAUAUUAUUCAUCAAACAUACCAGCAGAUUUUAAAGAAAACAAAGAUAGUUUUUAUGUUUAUUCCAAUCUUAGACCAAGAGUAGGUGGUGAUUCAUACCAUGGAACAAUUAUAGUAAUGUUAUCAGAUGGUUCAGUUUUAUAUGAAAUUGAAGAAGUUGUUUGUAAAUCAUUAAUUCCAAUCAAAGAUUCACUUAAAAUUGAAUAUCCAAAUGAUGAAUUAUACAAAGUUCAUUUACAAUCAAAAGAUUCUCCAAUUCCAACACCAUCAUCAUUCAAAUCAAUUAUUUAUGAAAAUGAUUUCUUUCAAUCUUCACUUAAUAUUCCAGAAGAUUUAUUCAAAUAUAUUUCAACAUUAUUUUAUAAAGAUAUUAUAAAAAGAUGUCCAGAAAUUAAUAUCAAUAAAAUUAAUUCUCAUAGUGUUAAUGAAAUUAUUUCAAGUUUCAGUAAAAUUUCAAAACAUGAAAGAUUAUUUAGAUUUGUAUUUGAAACAAUAAAAGAGAAUGGUAUUCUUAAUAGCUUCGAAGAAAAAGAUGACACUUACUUCGAAUUUAAUAAAGUAAUUAUCAAAUCAUCAAGAAUUAUUUCAAAAUUAUUAUUUCCAUUAGAAAAUGAUAAUGAUAAUGAAGAUUUACCUCAAUCAUUAUUUCAAAAUGGUUUAAUGGAUAAAAUUUAUAAAUGCAGUUAUUUAAGAAAGAAGAAUCAAGUGAUUUCACAUGUCAUUAAACAUUCAAUUAAAGAGAUUAUUAAUAAUAAUAUUAUAAUUAGAAUUUUAGAAUUUGGAGGAGGUACUGCAUCAUUAUCAGUUGAAGUUAUUGAAGAAAUCGUUACAUUACUUCAAGAGAAUCCAAAUUAUCAAGUUGAAAUCGAAUAUACAUGGAGUGAUAUUUCACCUGCAUUCAUAGCAGAUGCAAAGAAUAAAAUCAAUAAAAUCAUUAAUGAUGCUGCUAUAACAAAUGGAUUAAAUGUUAUUUAUCAUCCAUUAACAAUUGGUGAAUCAUUGAUAGAAACUCAAUCAAUUAAACCAUCAUAUUAUGAUUUCGUUAUAAUGUCAAAUGUUCUUCAUGUUGUUAAAGAUAUCAAACAAGCUGUAGAACAAAUGUAUCAAUUGUUAACGACAAAUGGUCAAUUAGUGUUUUUAGAACCACCUUAUAAAUCAGUUCUAAACGAUUCAAUCGUUGGUUCAUUUGAACAAUGGUGGUCAUUCACUGAUACUGAUAUUAGAAAAGAUAGAUGUGGUAUGCCUCAACAAAGUUGGUAUCAAUUAUUAAAUUCGUGUAAUUUUAAAGACAUUGUAAUGUCUAAAGAAUGCAUUUUCUUUGGAUCAGUAAUACAGGCACAAAAACCACCAAUUUCUUUAUUGAAUUCUCAACCAAAGUAUGAUAAUAUAAUUAUAUAUGGUGGCAGUAUUAAUUCAAGUUUUGUAGAAAACAUCAAAUUAGAUUCAAAUUCAAAAAGUUUAUUUCAAAUUGAAACUAUUCAAGAAUUUAAUAAAUUAAUAAGUAAAUCAACAAUUACAAACGAUUCAAUAGUUUAUUUCAUAAAAACAUUAGAAACAUUAUCAUUGGAUAAUUUUAAACAAAUAACUCUUGAAUAUAUUGAAAUCAAUCAAAAACUAUUACAAAUUAAUAGUUUAUGUAAACAUGUAUUAAUUGUUAGUGAUUCAAGAAAAACAAACUAUUUAGCAUCAUCAGCUAUUGGUGCAGCAAGAUACUUUGAUGAAUUCCCACUAUUGAAAUUACACACAUUAGAUUUUGAUUAUGAUUCAACUCAAAAUUAUAUAAAUUCAAAAAAUAACAAAAUGGUUCAAUUCAUUAAUAUCUUGACAGAUUCCAAAACAAAUGUUCAUAAAGAAAUGAUUAUAAUUAAUAACAAAGUAUAUUAUGAAAUAGUUCAAAAAGAGAAAAAUCUAAAAUUAAAAUACAAUUCAGAAUCUUUUGAAAAUCAAAAUAAUUUAAUGUGUUCGUUAUCACCAAAUUUAGAAUAUCAAUUACAAUCAAAACAAAUUAAAUUAAGAGAUAAUCAAGUUGAAGUUAAAACAAUUGCAACUGGUAUCAAUUAUAAAGAUUAUUUAAAUUUUAGUGGUUCAAAUAGCAACGGUGAUGACAAUACAGGUUUACCACAAUUUGGAUAUGAAUUUUCAGGUAUUAUAACAAGAGUUGGUAAUAAUGUAAAAGAUUAUAAAGUUGGUGAUAAUGUAUUUGGUUUAUCAAAUUCUUGUACAUCAUCUCACAUUGUUACAAAUUUUAAAAAAAUUCAAAUAAAACCUUCAAAAAUAAGUCAUAUUGAAGCAUCAUCAAUUCCAAUUGAUUAUUUAACAUCAUUUAUGAGUUUAUUUAAUGUUGGAAGUUUAAAUAUUGAAGAUAAUGAAUCGAUUUUAAUUCAUUUAGGUAGAGAUGGUUUUGGGUUAUCAACAUUUGAAAUAUUAAAAUGGAAAGGUUUUAAAUCAAAUUUAUUCGUUACAGUUAAUUCAGAUAAAACUAAACAAUAUCUUUUAAAAAAAUAUGGUGAUUUAAUUACUGGAAUUUAUUCAAACACAGAUAAAAGUUAUGUGGCAGAAAUAAAAAACAAAUUAAUUAAAUUAGGUUCAAAAAAGAAAGGAGUAGAUUUAAUAUUAAAUACAUUACCAAGUGAUUUUAUGGAUUCAAAUUUCAAACUAUUAACAAAGUAUGGUAGAAUAAUUGAUUUAAAUUCAAAUCAUUUAAAUCAAAGUGAAUUUUUAAAAAAUAUCAAUUUUAAAUAUAAUCAUGGUUACCAUAACUUUGAGUUAUCAUUAUUUCAAAAAAAUAAAAUUCUCAAAUGUUUAAAUGAAAUUUCAAAUGCUAUUGAAAAUGGAGAAUUAAAAACUAUUCCAAUUAAAGAAUUUACAAAUUUAAAUAUUAAAGAUGCCAUCAAAUACAUUACCAACGGUAACAUUGAAAAAAUUACAGUUAGUCAUGAUCAUGAAAUUUAUAGUGAUAUUAUUUAUAGAUAUUUAGAUGAAAAAGAGUUUUCAAUAUUAAAAUCAAAUUAUCAAAUUAAUUCAAAUAAUUUAGGUAAAAAUAUAUUAAUUACAGGUCAAUCAGGUAUUAUUUUAGAAAUAUUAAAAUGGAUCAUUAAAUAUUCAAAUAUUAACACAAUUGAAAAUGUUAUUAUUCUUUCAAGAUCAUCAUUAAAAUGGGAAUUAGAAUUAUUAAUUAAUCAAACUAAACUAUCAAAUAAUAAUAUUAAAUUCCAUUUCAAGAGUGUUGAUGUUGGUGAUAGUGAACAAGUUGAUAAUGCAAUCAAUGAUAUACUAAAUGAAAACCAACAAAUUAGAAAUAUUGAUUCAAUAUUCCAUUUUGCAUUUCAACAAAUUGCAUGUAAAGUUCAAGAAAUCAAUAUGAAGCAUUUAAAUAUUUCACAUGGAGCAAAAUCAAUGGGUGCAAUUAAUUUACAUAAUCAAUCAAUUAAACGUAAUUGGAAAUUAAUUAAUUUUGUUAUGGCUUCUUCUGCACUUUCAUUUAUAGAUUCAACAGAUCAAUGUACAUAUGCUUGUGCAAAUACUCUAUUAGAUUCAUUUUCAAAAUACAGAGUAUCACUUGGAUUACCAUCAACUUGUAUUAACCUUGGUUUAAUUGAAUCAACUGGUUUCGUUUCAAAGAAUGAAUCGAUUUCAGUAUUUUUAGAUGGCAAUGGUAUUAUCCCAACACCAAUCAAUCGAGUUUUAGGUCUUUUAGAUUUACAAAUUCAAAAUGCUAGUAAAUUCACAAAUUCAAUGAUUUCAAAUUUCAAACCCUCAAAAUUUAAAAAUAAUCAACAAAUAUCAUUAUUUUUAAAAUUUGACUACUUGAUGAAUUUAAAAAACAAUAGUGAACAAACUAAAAAAGAGAAUACUGGAAAUAAAAACAUUGAUGAAUUAUUCAUUGAGAAAGUUUCAGAAUUAUUUUCAAUGGAUGAAUCAAAAAUAAAUAAAAAUCUUAGAUUAAUCGAUUAUGGUGCAGAUUCAUUAAUAAUAGUUCAAUUAAAGAAUUGGAUAGAUAAAGAAAUUGGUAUAAAUUUAAUAACAAUUCAACAACUUCAAAAUAAUACAAUUAAUAUUUCAAUUAAAAUGAUAUUAAAUUCAUUAAUGAAAAACAAUCAAAAUAAAUACCUACCUUCAAAUAGAAUUGAUUAUUGGAAGAAUGAAAUGAAAUUUGAAGAAUCUAUUAAACCAAUACCAAAUGAAAUUCGAUCAAGAAAUAAUAACUCAGGAAAAAUUAUUUUAUUAACUGGUACAACUGGUUUUUUAGGUGGUUUCUUGCUAUUCAAUAUGUUAAGAUUAGAUUCAUGUAAAUUAAUUUAUUGUUUGAUUAGGAAUAAAAGUAAAUCAAGUUAUCCAUUAGAUGAAAUUAUAAAUAAUUUAAAAUAUCAUCAACUUUAUGAAAAAUUAAAUAAAUCACAAAUUUCAAAGAUUAUACCGAUUAUUGGUGAUUUAUCAAUGAAUAAACUUGGUCUUUCAAAUGAUGAUUAUGAAACAAUUUCAAAAAAUGUAAAUUUAAUUAUCAAUCCAGGUGCAGAUAUUAAUCAAAAAUCAAGUUAUCAAGAUUGUAAAUUAGUAAAUGUUAAUGGAGUAAAAGAAAUUAUUAAAUUAUCAUUAUCAUCUUUAAAACAAAGGAUACCAAUUGUAAACUUUUCAUCAUUUUCAGUAUUUUUCAAUCAAUCACUUGAUAAGAAUUUCGAUGAAUCAGUUUUACCAUCAAUUGAUAAUAUUGAUAAUUUACCAACAGAAUAUAUGAAGAGUAAAGUUGUGGGAGAAUACAUUUUAUUGGAAGCUUCAAAAAAUUAUAAUAUACCAUCAAUUUUAAUUAGACCACCAAGUAUAUUUUUAAAUCCAGAAACAGGUAUUGGUCAUAGUAGUGAUCUCACUUUAUUAAUGAUCCAAUCAUGUUAUGAAUUAGGUUAUUGCCCAAAUCAAAUUUUAAAUGGUUUUAUUUUAAUUAAUACAAUUACAUGGUUAUCAAAUAAUAUUACAAAUAUUAUAAUGAAUGAUAAUUGUUGGACAAAUUCAAAAAUGAAUAUUUAUAAUGUACAUGGUAAACAAAUUCAAUCAAGUUUAAUAAUUAAACCACUUGAAAAACAUUUCAAUUGUAAACAAAUCAACAAUAAUGAUUGGAUUGAUAUGGUUAAUAAUUCAAAUAAAAAAUCAUGUAUUAAAUUAAAAUCAUUCCAUUCUUUAGAGAAUAUUUUUAAAAGUGAAAACAAAGGAUAUAAAUCCAAUGAAAGUCAAAGCAUUUCAUUAUCAACCAAAUCAUUACUAGAAUCAAUGGGUUCAUACAAUACUGAUCUUAAAAUCACUGAUAAAAUGAUUAUUUCUCAUAUUAAACAUAUUUUUAAAUAA